AUGGCCGCGCCUCAGUCCUACUCCAAGCAAAUGUCGGAGAAGGGUGCUAGCCCCCUCGAGGAGCAGCCUAUCGAGCUACCGCCUCUUGGUGAGAUUCAAAAGAGUCGCUGGGAACGUAGUUGGCCUACGAUUGCCUGUGGGGCCGGUCUAUUUUCUGACGGUUACUUGAAUCAGAUCAUUGGUCCCGUCGGUACCAUGCUAAAACAGAUCUACGGGGAUGCAUACACCAAGUCGACGGCCCAACAGAAUGUCUCUUCGAUUGUUUUCGCGGGCACUGUGGUGGGUAUGUUGAUCUUCGGAUACACUAGUGAUCACUGGUCACGCAAGUGGUCUUUGAUGAUCUCCACCGUUAUCCUGUUUGUCUUUGCAGCCCUCGGUGCUGGAUCUUAUGGAGCUGGCGGCAGCCUGGGGGGCAUGCUUGCUGCUUUGACGGCCUACCGUUUCUUCUUAGGAAUUGGAAUUGGUGGAGAAUACCCUGCUGGGUCAGUCGGCGCCGCAGAGAAUACCGGAGAGCUCAAGAGUGGCCAUCGCAAUCGCUGGUUUAUCAUGUUCACCAACUUCCAAAUCGAUUUCGGUUUCGUGGUUGCUGCUUUAGUGUCCAUGAUUCUCGUCUUGAUCUUCACCGAGAAGCAUCUGCACGCUUGCUGGCGUGUGGCUCUGGGGCUGGGAGUAAUCCCCCCCUUGAGUCUUAUGUAUCUCCGACUGAAGAUGAACGAGCCUGAGGAGUUCACCCGGGAGCGCAUGCACAAGUUCCCAAUCUGGUUGAUUAUCAAAUUCUAUUGGAAACGCUUGAUAGUUGUUUCGACUAUCUGGUUCCUCUACGACUUCUCUUCCUACAGCUUCGGUAUUUAUUCUUCGGCCUGGCUACAGAUCAUCCUAGGUGACAAUGCUCCCUUGUGGAAGAGCUUUGGCUGGAGCACUCUGGUCAAUUCUUUCUACAUUCCAGGUUCUGCUCUUGGUGCCUUCAUGAGUGAUUGGAUUGGUCCUCGCUACACCCUUGCGCUUGGUGUUGCGCUCCAGGGCGUCAUCGGAUUCAUCAUGGCUGGAUGCUACAAGUGGCUUGCGACCUCCGAAAAUGUGGCAGCCUUUGUUGUCGUCUUUGGAAUCUUCUCGGCUCUUGGUGAAAUGGGACCCGGCGAUAACAUCGGUCUCUGCGCCGCCAAGACUAGUGCGACUGCUAUCCGCGGUCAGUACUACUCGUAUGCCGCCGCCAUGGGGAAGAUCGGAGCUUUUGUUGGCACCUACGUGAUUCCAGUCAUCCAAAAGAACGCGCCCAACCCGACACGCGCAGGUCAGGACCCAUUUUUCGUAUCUAGCUCACUGUGUAUCUUGGCCGCAUUCUUGGCCCUCUUCAUGAUGCCGCAGAUUGACCAGGACACCAUUACUUUAGAGGAUACCAGAUUCCGCAACUACCUCGAGGCUAAUGGCUACGAUACCACGGACAUGGGCACCCAUAAACGCCAGGGCGACACCCGCGAACAAGAGUAA